CAGGCACGAGGCCGACGAGAACCAUGGUGGCCAGGAGCCCUAACGCGAAGACGGACAGGCAUACGGCGGCCGCCCUCGCCGCCGCCGCCGCGCUCAACCCGGCCCUCGUUAGGGAGACGCUCAAGAAGGUGGACCGGUGCAUGGCGCGGCUGCAGGAGCUGCAGUACACGGUGGCCGGCGACGCCAAGGUCGUGUCCGGCGUCAGCCUCAGCCCGCGCAGCACGCGCGGGUACCUCCGUACCAGCCUCCAGUGCAAGCAGGAGACCGUCAGGCAAGAGCUCCUCAUCCCGAACCCGUUCGAUCUGUCUAGAUUCUUGGCUCACGUGCGCAAAUUCCUCAUCCCUUUCCGCCGCAGGAUGAGGAGCGGCGCGUCGGCGCAGAAAAGAUCGCCGAACGGCAAGUUCGGCGGCGCGGGCGCGGGCGCCGGCGGCGAAAGCGCGCAGUGGCGGCGGAUGUCGCUGCCGGCCAUGCUGCUCGGCGAGACCGUGCUGGAGAUCGUGCAGGCCAGCCAGUUCGCGCGGGACAUCGUCGCGGUGGCCGGCGGUACGAACCGGGAGCCCCCGAGAACCCCGAAGCCGGCGCCCAGGACCAGGAAGCCAGCUGCAGCUGAGCAGACGCCCCUCCGCGCGCGGCGCGCCCUGGAGAAGCAGAGCCACCGGGGUGCUGCCCCGGCACGCGGUGCAGAUGCCGUCACGCCGCCGUUGCGCGGCCGCGUACGGUCCCGGAUCCAGUUCAAGACGGCCUCGCCGGUCGCCCUGGUCCGGCCGUCGGUGUCCGCCAACCGGGUCUCCCCCAAGAACCGGCCGUGGGCCAAGAAGGCGGUGAUGUUCCCGAACCCCACGUUCCACGCCUCCACCUCCGCCGCCGCCGACGCGUGCGCCACGCCGUCGCCGUCCAAGAAGCAGAAGCGGUCCUACAAGACGCGGUCCCCUGUCGCCACCCGGCAGACGCCGCACAAGUUCCUUGUCAAAACGCCGCCGAGCGCGCUAGGGUCCAAGCUCAGGAGCCAUGGGAAGGCCCUGCCCGCGAGGUCCGCCGCGGUAUCGCCGCCGCCGCCGCCGAAAGCGCAGGCAACACCAGCCAAAAUCCGGCGCUGCUCAUUCUCGCCGUCAAGGUUGGCGACAAGGCUCGUGUCGCCAAUCAAGGCGAGGCUAUCGCUGAACAGGAGCCGGGACAGCGGCGUCGGUGCCGGCGGCGGCCCGAUGAGCGGGCUGAAGCAGCGGCCGGGUGUCAGCAUGACCGUGCGGACGGUGUCGAGCAGGAUAUCGUCGAGGUGAUCUUGGUGUCCCCUUCAGCGUCUUGCGAAGUAUCGGCCGGGAGUACAGAUUGCAGAGUAAGAAAAGAAUUGAGUAGCUCUCCUUCUGAAUAAGAUAAUCUGCUGGGAAAGAAAUUCCUUUCUUGGGGGUGCUUGUACACACACAUAACGCCUAUCUGUAAUUUUUCUGUGAUCCUUGGUGAUAAUACAUGGUGGUCUUUUCAACUGUAUAAUCGAAAGGCAAAAUGGACAAUCG